AUGGCGCCGUCUAAUCCCAGCGUCGACGAGCGCUCCUCGCUCAUAUCCUCGCAACAAGGCGACUCUCAACGGACAGACUAUCGGUCCACAUCGAACCACCACGAUGACCACCAACAAGACGCCGAUGCGGUCCCAGAGGGCCAAGACGAGGACCACGUCAAGGUCAUGCCACCCAUGCGUACGCUCGCUCCACUCCUCGCCGCGGUAUGGGUCCCCGUAUUUGUCGCUAGCAUGGACGGCACCGUCACCGCAACGCUCAUCUCGAGCAUCAGCAGCUCGUUCAACGCUUCCGAACAGGCGCAGUGGCUUGGUUCGGCGUAUCUUCUCUCGGUCGCCUGCUUCACCCCUCUCUACGGCCGUUUGGCCGACAUUGUGGGUCGACGCAAUUGCAUGUUCAUCGCACUCACCUUCUUCACUGUCGGUACGGGGCUGUGCGGCAUGUCGACGUCGAUGAACAUGCUCAUCUUUGCGCGAGCGUUGGCGGGAGUCGGCGGCGGCGGCCUCACCACCAACACCAGCAUCAUCCUUUCGGACGUCGUCCCUCUCAAGCAGAGGGGACUGCUGCAAGGGUUGACGAACAUCAUCUUUGGUCUCGGCUCGGGUCUCGGUGGUCCCAUUGGAGGCUGGAUGAACGACACGAUUGGCUGGCGACGAGCCUUCCUCCUCCAAAUCCCUCUCUUGCUGGCGGACUACCUCCUUGCGUUCUGGUUUGUACGUGUCAAGACGCCGAAUCGCCUCGCCCAGCAGUCCACCUGGGACAAGCUGCGCUCCAUCGACUUUGCCGGUGCCUUUUCGCUCGUCCUGGGUCUCUCAAGCACGCUCAUCUCGCUCAGUCUGGUCAGCGCCAACGACGUGCCUCUCUCGCACCCCUCGGUCUGGGGUGGGUUCCUCUUCGGUUUUGCGAGCAUCAGCUUCUUCUUCUACGCCGAAGCCAGGAUCGCCCGGACACCCAUUCUGCCGCUCCGCCUCAUCACGCAGCGCUCCGGGGCAGCGGUGGCAUUCGCCAACUUCUGUCUAUCGAUUGUGUCGUUCGGCACGCUCUACCACUUCCCCCUCUACUUCCAGGCGGUCAAGCUCGAGACGCCCUCGAUGGCCGGCCUGCACCUCAUCCCGAACAGCAUCGCGCUCAGUGUCGGUUCGGUCCUUGCCGGAGUGAUCAUGCGCAGCUCUGGACGGUAUUAUCGAUACAACCUGAUCAAUAGCAUGAUCAUCACUGUGUCGAUUGGAUGCGUUGCGAUGUUCACGCGGAACAGCUCGGAGGCGUUCACCUAUGCUGCUAUCGUACCGCACGGAUUCGGUACCGCGGGCGUGCUAACCUGCACCUUGAUCGCACUGAUCAACUCGGUUCCGCGCUCAGAUGUUGCAGUGGCAACAAGCAUGUCGUAUAUGGCUCGCAACACGGGGCAGAUCCUGGGUGUCUCGGGAGGAGGAACCCUGCUCCAGGCGCUGCUCAAGAAACAGCUCCGACAGAGGAUCACAGGGAAGGACGCGGAUAGGAUCAUCUCCGAGAUUCGACACAAGAGCUCGAUCGUGCCCGAGUUGCCAAAGGAGCUGCAGGAGGCUGCGAUCGAGUCGUAUGCCUUUGCGUUGCGGUGGGUGUUUGUGUGCAUUGCGGUGGUCAGUGUAGGCACGGUGGUCGGGUGCGCGUUCAUAGAGGAUAAGGAGCUGCCAAACUACGAGAAUGCAAAGCCGUCGUCGGACGAGGAGGGAGAGACGUCGAAUUAG